CCUCGAGUUAUAGGACGAUUAGAGAAUAAUUAAUUGGUAGUGAUCGGCCUGAUUCAACGUUCUGUACCAGAACUUCCACGAAAAGCCUUAGCAUGUCUGGUAUCCUCACCGAGAUUCGAACCUGGGAUCUUCUGAAUACGAAUCAGGAGCUGUAACUUAGUCAACCGCAACGUCCUAUUUCGCUGCUGGUAAAAAAUGACAGUUGUAGCUAGAGGUCAGCCUGGAUAUUCAGAAUCACAGGUGAUCAGUGUCAGGCUUUCAGAUGGCUUCAGUCAGCCAGCCAUUUCCAACACCCCGUCGGGCAGUUCUCCCACGACACACAAAACGGAAUUCUAAUUAACAUAAUGGUUUGGGCUAUGCCUCGGUAACCUUCGAAUGUUGGCUACAGUGACGACCUUUUUGUGGUUUCCCGCAGUCUACGAGAAUUUCAGUGUGGUUGCGUAUGUGGUGGCAUUCACGAUUGAACUCUGGUGGAUACUUGAAGCUGAAGUGACACUGCCUGUACCAGCUUAUGUUCUGUGUGCAGGCUAUUUGUUUGUAUUCAUCCUCUCAGCCCUUCUUCUUCAUGGGUUAACAGUGAAACGGACCUUGUGCCUACUGGGAUGGCUGUUCAUGGUUGGAAUGUUUACAUUUCCAGAGGCUGGACUUGUUCUCUUCAUGACUUUUCAUUUUUGGCAAGUGAAAUCUCUGAAUGGAUUAACAGAACUCAUCUGUUGGGCAUGUCGACUUGUAUUUAAUCAAGACAGCUCAAUUUUAAGCUACAAUUCUGCAUGUCUUAUUAUGCAGAUUGCUGGUCUAAUGUGUGUACAGUCCUUGUACUCAACAUGGAAAGAGGAGAAGGUGGUUCUAAGGAGACUGCAAGCCUUGAACAUGGCUUCCAUCCUUGUGGAGAGUGGAAACAGUGCUUCCAACGUAGCAGGCAAUGGACAUCCAAAGAACGGAAUAGUUCAAGAUGCUGGUUACACAAAUGCUGCGUUUGUGGGAUCAGCCAGUAAUCUUGGCAACAUAACAUCAGUUGCCAGCAGACAUAAAACAACCAGAUCGCCAGUGGCUCAUAAUCGCAUAAGACUUGGCAGUCAUUACCCCAGCAACCAACAACACUUCAGAGUUCUUAAUGUCCCAGGCAUGGUGAGUGAAUUCAACACUGUGACUUUCAAUGGAAUGCUUGCUGCCGGCAUAUUGAAAGAUAUCGAGCCACCCCAGUACAGGCUCAGUAGGUCACAGUCACUAGGAGACCUCAGUAAUAGUGACCUCUGGAGAAUGAACUCUUAUACAGCAGUGGAUUAUGUACCUGUGAAUUCAACCCAAAGCUUAGAUAGAAGAAUGCUAAGAUACAACACUAGAUUAAGACGUGCAGGUUCAAUGGAAGAGCUCAAUAAUUUGCGAUAUUGUCACAAUGGUAGUAGCAGUUUGUGGUGUGAGGGAAGGGUGUACAAUGUUUUGCAGCCGCACAAUUUUUGCCCGUAUGGCCAACCUAAGUUUGUCAACAAGAGCAGGACAUCUCUGUCCGAGUCUGAUGAUCUGCAGAAGUACCGUGAUGUUGCACUGUGACUUACCAUCGGUGGGUGUCAGUAUGUGAUGUUACCUAACAAAGACUGCCAGAAAGUCAUCUUCAAUUGUAGUGUUAUGAUUAUUUAUUGUACAGCUUGGAGCAAGACACAGUAAUCCCUCACCCGUUGUAAUGUUGCUUAAAGAUUUAUAUAAUUCUUUCUUGAAUCUGGACAUCUGACUCAUAUGCAAGGUAACAAACAUGGGAUGUAACCAAAUAUCAUUUGAAACUAACAGCUACUCUAGCCCGAACAUUCAUUAUCCAAUAUUUGUCACACAUCUUCUUCCCAUAUAUAUAUAUAUACUACACUUCUAUAUGCACAACAAUUUCAAUUUCCUCACAUUUUUGUUAUUACUUUUAAGUAUCCUGCAGAAAGUAUGACACUGAAAAAUGAUGCUGUGUUAAACUGUGAAGUUAAAGAAACUCAAAUGAGAUCACUCACGGUUUUUGUAUUUCUGAUCAAUAACAUGAUCGUGCCAUGAUAAGGUAGUGAAAAGAGUUACGCAAAGAUAAAAUUCUAUGACAAUAGUAGAGAGGGGGGAUUGACACUGAAAAAAAUAACAAGUAAAUAGAGUGUUUUCAGCUGUGUUCCCUACAUUUACAUUUGGUAUGGGAUUACUAUUAACUGUCAUUCCAAGUGAUAUGAAAUUUUGUGUU